UUAGCGGUCUGCUGUGCACAUCAACCAAACGUGCUCUGUGACACAGACAGUUACAGGAAACAGCUGAUGUAGGAAGGUAACCUGAAGUCAGCUGCGCAACAGAAACAAUACCGUCCAUGAUCGCCCAGGGAUUUAAAAAACAUUAGCAAGCCAGCUACUUAGAAAUGAGCAUGAGGGACGCGGAACUGAAGAUACAUUUCACACCCGGACACGUAGAGCUAGUGCAGGAGAGCAUUGACACUCCGUUUAAGCGCGUGCUGGUGACUGGUGCCACGGGUCUCCUCGGGCGCGCGGUCUAUAGAGAGUUCCAGAACAAUGACUGGCAAACCCUGGGCUGUGGCUACAGCCGGGCACGGCCCCGAUUCCUCAAAUGCAAUUUGAUGGACGAAGAUGCUGUGCGUGGGAUUAUACAAGAUUUCCAGCCCCAUGUGAUUGUACACUGCGCGGCGGAGCGGAGGCCGGAUGUUGUGGAGAGGCACACGGAGGCCGCCAUGAACCUCAACAUCCACGCGUCCGCCACGCUGGCGAAGGAGGCAGCGGGGAUUUUCCUCAUCUACAUCAGCACGGACUACGUGUUCGACGGACGCAACCCGCCCUACGGGGAGAACGACGCUCCGAGCCCACUGAACAUGUACGGGAAGUCCAAGCUGGAGGGAGAGAGAGAGGUUCUGAGGCACAACCCGAGUGCAGCAGUGCUGCGCGUGCCCAUCCUGUACGGGGAGGUGGAGCGGGUGGAUGAGAGUGCGGUGACGGUUCUGUGGGACCGCGUGCAGGAGGGGGCGGAGAGCUGCACCGUGGACCACUGCCAGCAGCGCUUCCCCACCUACACCGGCGACGCGGCGCGCGUCUGCCGCCUCAUGGCCGAGAGGAGGCUGCAGGACCCGUCGUUGCGGGGGAUCUUCCACUAUUCUGGGAAGGAGCAGAUGACCAAGUACGAGAUGGCGUGCGCCAUCGCCGAUGCCUUCAGCUUACCCAGCAGCCACCUCAUACCGCUGACGGAGCAGCCGGCGGGGGCGGGGGCGCAGAGACCCCAGAAUGCUCAGCUGGAGUGCUCGCGGCUGGAGUCGCUGGGUUUGGGCGUAGAGCCCACGCCCUUCAGGACGGCCAUACGCGACAGCCUCUGGCCCUUCCUGUACGACAAGCGCUGGCGGCAGACCGUGUUCCACUGAGGGGCCCGGGGGCCAGGGGCCUGUCUGUGUGCCGGGAGGGGGGGUGUGGUUGGUGCCACCCAUUUACAGCGUCAUAUUCCACCCCACCCCCCCCCCCCCCCCCCCCCCAAGAAUAUUACUGUGGCUCCUUUUUGAAUUUACUCUAAUGCGAUUGUAAGUGAAUUGAACCACGGCUCGCUGUCUCUCUGACCGUCUCUGCUCUCUGCUUUGUGAGCUCACUCCUAGGUUUUCCUGCUGGCUGCAACAUUUCAGAAUAAAUAAUGGCACGUAUUGCGUGGGGUCCAGGGUUGGUUUCUCUCUGGUAUUAACAUUCCCCCAACUGCAGGCUCAGUACUCUCCUGAUAGCUCCUGCCAACGACCCCAGUUUUCUUUAUUUUGAUUGUUUUUUUUUUCAUUUAAAGUAGUUUUUUAUUUGAAAGCAGUUAGCUGAAACACUUUGGGUCCAUUUUAUUUUUUUUUCCUGACAGAUCCUGAAGUUUUAGACUUUUGGAUUUCAGUAUAAAUACGUUUUAAACUGAAUACGUACUUGCUCUGCAUCUAUAGCACACUUUCAGGUUAUACGAAAACACAAAAAAGAGCACAAAUGGAGUUCUCACACUUUUUCUAGAGCAGGGUGUCCAGUCAUAUUCCAAAGGGCCAGUGUGGGUACAGGUUUUUUUGGCCUGGCACAUUGACACCUGAUUCAAUUAAUUAACUCAUUCCGGCCUUCAAUCAAGACCAUGACAAAUAAAAUCAGAUGUCUUGGGCUGGGCUGAAACAAAAACCUGCGUCUGCAACAGCCGUUUUCAUUGGACACACCUGCUCUAGGUAAAUGGCAAUGAAUUUGUACUGACGGCUAAACGUGUCGACGAAAUGUUUUGGACACGUGCCGUUGGUUUGCGUGAUGACCUAAAGGUGUGCAUUUUUUCAGAGCCUACAGUAGUUUAUCGCUAGAGGGCAGCAAAACACUAAAGGUGAAGUGCUGUCUUCAAAUUGAAAUUUAAAUAGGUCUGACCGUGAAGAACAUUAAUUUGCACUGUCAGUUUUGUUUUCUGUGAACUGUUGCUGUAUGGGAGUGUUGUAGAUUCUUCUGAUGCUUUGAGAUGUUCAAAAAAUCUUUUAUGGUAUUUGUCAGAAGAGUCCUUGGUAUACAUUCAAUAAACUAUAAGGGAAAACAG